AUGAGCAAGACUCGGCAGCAACAACAAGACGAACGUCGGCUCUCGUCAAUCAGAAAUAACGCUUACUUCUUCAUAAUAGCGGAAGAGUUAACAACAACUGCACCACUGCAAGCGAAUACGGAUAGAGCACGCUCGCUUUCUACAGGCUUAUUAUAUCCAAGCGGCACAUCACAAAAACAGACAGGGAGUACCCAAUGCCCCUCCCCAGAACCCUUUAUCAUAACCAACGAUAUGCUUUUAACAACAACGACCAGCAAAAUGGGCUCGGUGACUUCGACACUAACGACGACAACAACUACAGUUUCUGUUUCUUAA